AUGAGCCACCAAUUCAAACCAGACACGAGAGGAUUCGAAGUAGCCGAGUGGUUCCCGGAGCGAGUUCAAAACAAAACCUUCCUCCUAGCAGGCUUCAUCCGCGGCGAACUCGCCGCCACAACAGCCGAUGCCCUCGCCCACGGCGGCGCCGCCUGCAUAAUCUUCACCGGCCGCUCCCAAUCCGAAGUCGAACCCGCCAUCACCCACAUAAACCGCAAACACCCACAGACAAAGAUCCUCUUCGUAACCGCCAACACAGCCAGUCUAUCCAACAUGCGCGAAGCAGCGCGGACAAUCAAGGGCCUCGGCGUUCCCAUUGACGGGAUCGUCUGUUAUCCAACCGUUAUGGCGGCGGAUUGGGAGAAGACAGGGGAUGGAAUCGAGUCGCAUUUUCAGAAUAAUUAUCUCGCGUAUUUUGUGCUGGUUAAUUCCUUGUUGGAGGUUAUGUUGCCUGGUUCGAGGGUUGUGUUGAUGACGACGAGUGUGAGGAGGGAGGCGCCGGCGCCGGGGUGGGAGGAUAUUAAUUUUGCGAGAUAUGAAGUACUUAAUAGUGGAGAUGAGGAUGGAAGUGGGCUGACAAUUGUACAGAAUGGCGAGAGAUAUCAUUCUCUGGAUGGGUACUCGCAGUCCAUGUUUGCGAAUAUCUUGUUCGCCAAGUCGCUGGCGCAGAUAUGUGCUGAAGAAUCAGUUGCUGCGUUCUCGGCUAAUCCUGGAAAUACCAAGACCAACGUGCAGACGUACGUCUCGCCCGAGGAUAUAGCAUCAUGGUUGCAGCGAAAGAAAGAAGCUGGUGAGGACCUGCCCAUCUUGCUUCAACAGGCCCCCAAGUCACUAUCGCAAGCAAGUGCCACCAUUAUCCGAGGCUUGCUUGACCCAAUGCUUGCAGAACAAUCCGGCGCAUUCCUGGACAACUGCAAAGUCCUAACGCUGCCGCACCUCGAUUUCCCAAUGGGCCAAGAAAGUGCCAUAGCACUAUGGAAGCAAAGCGAAGUCUUUAUUGAGGCAGCCGGAUUAACGCAAGUUGUCUAG